UGGUAGAAACACGGCCAGAUUUUGGGACUCCGUCCGUCCUAGUCAAGGUCACCGACGCGUGGUGGGAUCCGAUAGUCAAAACCACUCACGAGAGUUGUUGAAAUUUGAGACCAAAUCGCUGAAAUCAAACCCAUAUAUCUCUAUGCAUACAGAUGCCAAAGACCUAGGAGCACCGCCAUGGUCGAAGCAUUAACAGCUCCCGUCCGCUACCGCAUCUCGGCGGCGUGCCACCGGGGCACCGGCCAUACCCCCAGAAUCCACGCCCUCCAACAACAGCUCGCAUUCGAGACUGAUGAUCAUGGCCGGAAGACGACCCGUUUGGCCGAAUCCAUCUCACACCUCCUUCAUCUCCACAUCGAAACACCUGCCCGGAGAAACGUUGACCACGGCAACUGGAGCUUGGAUAAUUUUGAUCUGGAGAAGAAGAACGACACGCCGGCGACGUCUCCAAAGGAAGAGGUUUCAGAGAAAUGGCGGGAAAUCCAUGGCAGAAAUGACUGGGAAGGGCUUCUAGAUCCGCUCCAUCCAUGGCUGAGGAGGGAGAUCGUCAAGUACGGUGAGUUUUCUCAGGCGACGUACGACGCUUUCGACUUCGAUCCGUUCUCGGAGUACUGCGGAAGCUGCAGGUACAACGAAAAGAAGCUUUUGGAGAAGCUUGGGCUGGCCAGACAUGGGUACGAGGUGAAGAAAUACAUUCACGCGAUGUCGCAUGUGGAGGUGCCGAGGUGGCUGGAGAGGUCCAAGCUGGGAGAGACGUGGAGCAAGGACUCCAACUGGAUGGGAUUCGUUGCCGUGAGCCACGAUGAGGAGUCGCGCAGGAUAGGGCGCCGCGACAUCGCCGUGGCGUGGCGGGGCACGGUGGCGCCGUCGGAGUGGUAUGAGGAUAUGCAGCAGCAGCUGGAGCCGGUUGGGGGCGGCGACGCCCGGGUGGAGCGGGGUUUUCUCAGCAUUUACAAAUCCAAAAGCAUCGCCACAAGGUAUAACAAGUCAAGUGCAUCAGAGCAAGUAAUGAAGGAAGUGAAAAGGUUGGUGGAUUUCUACAAAGACAGGGGAGAAGAAGUCAGUCUCACCAUUACCGGCCAUAGCCUUGGCGGAGCCCUAGCUCUACUCAAUGCCUACGAAGCUGCCACCACCAUUCCCAACCUCCCAAUCUCUGUCAUCUCCUUCGGCGCCCCUAGAGUUGGUAACAUCGCCUUUCGAGAUGAGCUUUACCAACUGGGUGUCAAAACCCUAAGAGUUGUUCUAAAGCAAGAUGUCGUUCCUAGAAUGCCAGGCCUUGUCUUCAACGAAAGCCUCCAUAACGACUUCAUUGGAACCCUAGAAUGGGUCUACACCCAUGUCGGAGCAGAAUUGAGGCUCGAUGUUCGAUCCUCACCGUUUCUGAAGCGAGGGUUUAACCCGAUAGGAUUUCAUAUGCUAGAGACUUAUCUACAUCUGGUCGACGGCUUUUUGAGCUCAACCUCGACGUUUCGGUCUGAUGCACGAAGAGAUGUGGCAUCAGUGAAUAAGGCAUGCGACAUGCUUGUGGAUGAGUUGAGGAUUCCACCGUGCUGGUAUCAAAUAGAGAACAAGGGUUUGGUGAGGAAUGACCAUGGCCGAUGGGUUAAACCUAGGAGGGAUCCAGAAGACAUACCUUCUCCAUCCUGGGAAGGAAAGGGCUACUAAUGAGAGAGGAAAGUUGUAAAGAAUUUGAAGGUUUUUUGACACAAGGUGAAGGGGUCGAUUCAUUUGAACAAGUUUAAUUUGGUAUAAGAGGCACCAAAGAUAACUGGGAUUAUAACUUACUUAAAGAAAAAUGAUUAAUUAAGUAGACUCUUAACACGAUGAUGAUAGAAGAAAAAUAAGACUUAAAACAAUAAAUAACAUAUUGCUCUAAAUGAAUUAUAUAUGAGACUACUAUAUAUAAUAAGCUAUUUAUAAAGAGAGUUACAUAGAUGAUCAUAAACAUGCAUACAAGAUAUAAAUGUAUAACUAACAGUUAAAUUCAAAAUAUGCUAAUCUUUAUAACUACAAAAAUGAGAAUUUCUUUCUCUAGAAACUAGGGUUUCUAAAGUUGUAUGUCAUUAAUUACUAUCACCCAUUGUUUACUCGCUACCUCUCAGUGAUCAUCCAUCUCUCAAUUCUCUAGUGUAGAAUAUUUAUCUAAUGCCAUUGGCUUCUCUUUCCACGGCAAAAAAACACAAUUAAUGACCAAAUAUAAAGAUGGAAACUUA